AUGAAACAACAAAUUGACUACUCCGAAGGUCCUCUAAAGAUUUACGCCGCGGACGGCACUGUCGCAUACCGGUUUGCUAAAGUUUCAUUCGACUCCAGUGAUCAAGGGCUCUCUACGACCGAGCUUCAGACCGACUCUUCCAAAGUCGUCCUGACGCUUCAAUCGGCAAAUGAUCUCUGCGCUCAGAAGACCACUUACGAAGAAGCGCACUCCCCGCGAUCAAGAACCCGAAGGGUUGAAAUUUACCCACGUGGAAUGCUGAAAGACGUAUGGAGACUAAACUACAUUGACGACUCUGGCCUGCGGCAUAAUUUCAAGUUCAAGAGAGGCUUUGCCGACAGUGGUGGUCGAAUCUACACGCAAGUCAAUGGGCAUGACGGCGAGCUCAUAGCAGAACUCAAGAACGAAAAACGCAAGGAUUCCUGGUUAACCCAAGGUUCUAAGUCGAAGGAGGUACGCGUGCUCACCCUUUCAUGUACCGAGGAUUCCCCAAUGGAACAAUUGAUCGCCUUCAUGGCCUUGGUAUUGAGCCGAGUCGAUCGUUGUGGAUUCUGAUGGGAUGGAUUCCUGCUAAUUCCGACCCCGUCUGAAUUUCUGCUUGUCUUCAUUCACUUGAUCGAUCACGACCAAACCACAUUCUAGCCGCGCUGGACACUUUUCAUGAGCUGGGGCUUGUCCUGUUCUUUUUGAUUCCCAGUGCACUGUCACCAUUAGCAUGUAAAAUACAUACAAUCGUUAAGGAACAUGAAGCAAUUCUACUU